AUGCAAAUAAACAAAAAGAAGGAAGAAAGAUUGAAGUUUGAUAAGAAAAUGAAGUUCUUGUUGCUGUUUAUCAUCAUUGUACUCGUGCUUACAAGUUUGUCUCAUGCAUCAAAUGGACCUCUAGACAAUCAUUUGCUUAGCACCAGACUACUGGAGAAAGACCUUUUGAAGCUCAAAUAG